AUGGACGAAAAGGACCCGUCGCCCUUCGGCUACACGUUUUCAGCAGAUUUCUUCGGUAACUCGAAUGGCGACUUCGUCGACAAUGGAGGUCCUUCGUUGCUGAGCGACAUGGAAGCCCAGCAACUGGACAGUUUCUUCUCGCAUGCAAACCCCUUCGGGUCCGACGCGGCUCCGUCAACCUUCACCUUCCCUUCAGAAACGCCCGAUCUUCUCGAUAACUUCUCUGGCUGGUCCGCAGUACCGCCAGCAACUAUACAUAAUAUUUCAACCACCAUACCCGAUCAAGCUCUGCUUCACGGCUUCCAUGCCGAGCAGAACUUCACUCCUACACAGCACACCAACCAUUUCGCCAGCACCGCCGACGAUCUGCAGGCCGCGUCAACCCUCUAUGCUCAAGCGCACAUACCCCAAUCUCUGCCUCUGUACCAGCACCAGCCGAAUGGCCGGUCUCAUAGUUUCCACGGCGUUCCUUCCCCGAACACACAUACCAAUGGCUACGGGGCUAAUGGCCUUUCUCAUGGCAUGCCUCUUGUCGCUACCCCUGCGACAUCGAAUGGCUUAAUGCAUGAGCAACUGGCUGCGUUGUUGCCCCAUCACGAUGUUCCAGGUUCCAUCGACAACACAAUCACAACACAGCUCGCCAACAGCACUGCACGGGCGGCUCACGAGGCUGAGCUCCGAGAACGUACCCGACCUUCUCUGAAGAGAGCAUAUACGUAUGGGACUGAUAGUUCGUUCAACGAGACUGGAUUCCAGCCAUCGUCGAAACACGAGAGCGAGGAAGUUGUGACCAAACGGUUGAUCAGAGAGCUGCAUCAUGCGCAGCCACUGGCUAGACCGGCCCCUGUCGGUACUAAUGGUGCCAUCAUGCAAUCACCUACAGGUCACAUCCACAUUCCACCUUCCGCCGGUGACUCGGAGAGUAAUGAGGAAGGUGCGUCGGAUGAAUCAUCCGCAGAUGACGAUGAGGAGAAGCGAAUGAAGAAACGACGGAAACGGCCACAACCUGCGACAAAUGGCAAGCGGAAGAGCGUAUCAGGCGCCGUUUCGAGCAAGAAUCGCAAGAUGUCCAUUGACGAUCGGGCUAAGAAGCCCAGACGGAAAUCCAUGGCCGGUUCAAAAUCUCAACGUGAGAACUUGACCGAAGAACAGAAGCGCAGCAAUCACAUUCUGUCAGAACAGAAACGACGAAAUCUUAUCAAGCGUGGGUUUGACGACUUGCACGAUCUAGUCCCUGAGAUCCGAAAUGGAGGUCUCAGCAAAAGCGGUGUUCUUACAGAGGCUGCCAACUUUUUGCAGCUCCUCAUCGAUGAUAAUAAGCGAUAUUCUGCGCUACUCGGUGCAGAUGGAUGA